AUGUCCUCUAAUGCCGAGGUCAAUGUCAAUGCACUCGAUCGCGACCUAUCCUCUACAGCUGUGACAGGGAGCGAUGGAUCUCGACGCAAGCGAAACAUUCCUCCGGUUCGCGGGUCACGGCGCGCCGAACCGCCGCCGCCAACCGCUAUAAACCACGGGCAAUCGGUCCAGCAGCCUUCACCCAGGAGCAUGGACCACAUGGCCGCUGAUCCUUCGGUUGGGACUCCCAGUGGGCCAUCUUUAGCUUCGAGAAGCAUCCGGGCAAACAAUGACGAAGCCAACGUGAACUCUCCGGGCCUUUCCCAUGGCUACUCAUUGUAUGAAGACUCGAUCAAGCCUGAUGUGAUUGAGGGGCUUGUCGAGGUUUUUCAUCACACUAUAUAUCCCAUACGACCAUACUUCCACUGGCCUACAUUUCAGUCUCAGAUCCGUCAACAACUCUACCGCUCUGAUUGGGGGAUAUUUGUUGUUACCAUGGCUGUCUGCGCCCUGACGGCGGGACGUCUAUACAGCGGCGUGCCUGGCCCCUCACAUCUCGACCAUGUCCGCUCCAGGGUUGACGCCUUGUCAUCCGAAUGCUAUGCGGCAGCGGUCAAAGCUCUGCCGAGGGACAUGGCCACUGCUACCGACUAUUGCCAGGCGAUGAGGGCGAAUGCCAUACUGGCGUCUGUUUGUCUUCAAAAUGGCCAGCUCAAAUCAACUAUUGCCCAUCUUGGUGACUACACUACUCUCUCGAUUAUGCAUGGCUUUUAUGCAGAAGCCAAUUGGCCAGCGGGACUGACAGAGAUCGAAAAGCAAGAGCGACGUAGGCUGUUCUGGGGCGUGUAUCAGCAGGACCAAUAUCUAGCAACUAAUUUCGGCCUGCCAUCUCGGCAACGCGAAGCAAAGACGACUGUAUUAUAUCCAGCUGAGGUAUUUGAUGACGAGGACAUCUCUGCAACAUUUGUUCGAUUGAGGCCAGAUCGCGUCUCGUUUCUUCGAGGCUGGAAUUAUUGUACAGACCUGUAUCGGCUUUAUGAAAACAUGGACACGCAGUUAAGAGCAUGGCAGCAGGUUCCAGAGGAAGAGCCCAGAGGGACUUUGAACUCGUUUCUUGCCCGUGUCCGGCCUACGCAUCACUUUGCAUCUGAUAUACUCCACCUAAUCACCACGUUGCACAGGGACUUGCCGCAGGAACUUCGGACAGUCAAGGCCAUGACUGGAAAUCCACAAAAGGAUCGAUGCGGCUUUGUUGCCGUCAAUAUUCUCCUCACCACGAACAAUCUCAAGAUGCUUCUUGUUGGAGCUGAGAAUCCCAACGUACAUUUACGUUGCGCUAUAGCAAGCGAGUUGUUAGAUGAACUUGGAGCUGUCCCCGUCGGCUUUUUCAAUGCAUCUAGUACUGGUUCAUUGCACCACUUGGCACACAUCGGCCAUGUUCUUGGAAGCGCCAUCCAAGCCCCUCUAUCCGCGUGGUCAUAUUUGCAAGUCAGAAAUAUCCUCCUGAUUCUAGCCGACUUUCUGGAAAAGAUUGAAAAGUCUCGUGCUGUCACUCCUAGCCUUGGCGCCAAGCUCCGCGUCCAGAUCAGUCGCAUCGAUCAAUGCAUGCAGCAGACUCGUCAGCGAAAUCCCGAAUCAGAUCUCGUACCCAUGGGCCAGAGCUUGCUAAUGGGCUCGCCAACCAACAACUCCUCGGGAUCUCUGGCCCACUCAAAUGAUCAACAGCUGUCUCCUCCUCCUACUACUACUCUCGCACCUAGCAAUCAAAUCCCCACACUCCCGCCCAGCAUUUCACGCCUAAACCGCUUACUAGGCGUUGGAGAUCAGACGGAUUCAUCACAACAACAGCAAAGCAUGUCUACACUUAUUGGAGGCUCCACUGUCGCCCAAGGCUUUGGGUUUGACAGCACAUUUGAAAUGCCACAUUCAAAUGAAAUACAAAAUCCCGGAUCCAACCUUGUAUUUCCGUCUCUUUCAACGUCGUCUCUUCCCACCGACUUUUUCGAUGGGUGGCCCAUUUUGUCAGGGCAGAAUGAUGGUUUCGAUCCUCUCAACCCAUUUGUAUCUAUAGGUAGCACUCGCGGUUGA